CUCGAUUUCCAUCAUUUAUCUCCAGCCCGCUCUUGAAUCGGGUCAUUUCUCCGCAUGAGUGUCAGUGCUGCGGACUGGAGGAACUUUCUUCUUCUUCUUCAUCAUCUUCUUCUUCUUCUUCAUCAUCAGUGAAUCUCAGUUUCACCGAUGGAGGAAAAAACUCAAGAAGUCAAAGAUUCUCCGUUUUCUAUCCAGAACCUGCUGAACAAACCGGACAAACCCAGAGCUCACAGUCUCUGCUUCUCCAGAGUCCCGGAGCUCAGCUUCAGGAUCGGGCCCUGGUGCUGCCCGAACACAGAUGUCAGGAGCAACUCGACGCUGAACACACACGCGGGUCCCAGAGAUGAGGAGGAGGAGGAGGAGGAGGAUGAAGGUCUCCUGGAGGAAAGUGACCCGGAUGAGCAGAAGCCUGAGGGACAGAAGAGCCUGUGCCGGAAGAAGAAGACGCGCACCGUGUUCUCCCGCGCGCAGGUGUUCCAGCUGGAGUCCACCUUCGACCGCAAGCGCUACCUGAGCAGCGGGGAGCGCGCGGGCCUGGCCGCGGGACUGCGCCUGACGGAGACGCAGGUCAAGAUCUGGUUCCAGAACCGCCGGAACAAGUGGAAGCGCCAGAUCGCGGCAGAACUGGAGGCCGCUAGCCUCGGGCACGCGCAGAGGAUCGUGCGCGUGCCCAUACUCUACCACGAGCACGCGGAGAACGCGCGGGCCGCGGGGCUAGCCUUCACGCACGCGCUUUAUUACCCGCAUUCCCUGAUCAGACCCGUGUGAGGACCGGAGAGACUCAACCUGGAACAAGUGACCAACACUAACUUACCUGUGGGAGAGA